AUGUCGCGCGCUUCAUGUAUACUGUGGGUGUCUGAACAGACUGCUGCCACAUAUAACAACAGGCCAGGCCAUGGAGGCGCCAAGGUCCCCAAUGCGUCAACAACAGCAGAGAGUCUAGAAGAAGACCUAUCCGGGACAGGCGGUGAUGUCCCGAAUGUGAGGCGGACACUGCACGCGCCCCGGGGACGCGGCGUUCCGCCACAUCACUCAGCUCUCGCCUAUGCUCAGGGCAACCCGCGUAAAGAUGCCGAAAUCAGUUUGCGUCGUGCUGGACCGGCUGGUCUCCUUGCAGCCAAGAACCUUCUGUGCAACGCCCCAAAGGAUAGCUUCACCGUCACCGUGUUCGACCUUCAUGGUGGCAUUGGCGGGCUGUGGCCAACCUCAAAGGAGGAUACGACUCGUCAGGUGCAUCCUUUGAUGAUAGCCAACCAAAGCAAACACACCAUGCAGUUCAGCGACCAUGCCUGGGAAGAUGGAGCGCCUCAGCUCCCACGGGCCUGGCAAGUUGGCCGCUAUUUGGAGCGCUACGUGUCCCGGUACUUGACUUCACAUCCACACUUCACCUUACGUCUUAACACGCGAGUCGUCCGAGCUGAGCAGACGAACGGUGAUGGCAGCGGGUGGGACGUACGACUCGAGUCGAGGGGCCAGGGCCAGACACAGUAUUUCGAUUAUCUAGUCGUUGCGUCAGGCUAUUUCGGCAAACCUGUUGUUCCCGAGUGCAUGUCCAUCUCGCCUUCAGCAACGAUCCCCGUCAUUCACAGCAGCCAAUACAGGGACUUGAAACAACUGCUUCAGACUCGUAGCUCUGCCAAGGGCAACAUUCUCAUUGUUGGGGGUCAGAUGUCUGGUGUUGAGGUUUCGGGAACCAUUGCGACACAUCUCUCGUCGGCCACAAACUCGCCCAGUGGUCCAUCAGUGCCCGAUCUCGAUCAGUGUUCAAUUCGUCACAUUAUCCAACGGCCAAUAUGGGUCUUCCCUUUACACACGACCGCCGAGGUUAGCGUCCCAGGUGGCACUUCUUUGAUGAUCCGCGCUAACCCAGGACAAAAGCCCAAAGCUGCUGCCGCGCCAUUCUUACCUCUUGACUUCUCAUCUUAUAAUCGAAACAAUAGACCGCUCCCCUUGUUCAACACGCAGGGUCACGUUGAUGUGAAAACUGCACAGGCCGUCAAUGGUAUUUUCCACAGCGCCUUGGGAACGGACCAGUCUACCUUUUCGCCUCUCCUCCACGUCGAUGAUGCGGCCAAGGCUCAGCCGCCAUACUUGGCAGUCAGCGACUGGUAUUGCGACUUCGUGAGAUCAGGGUUGAUAUCGCUGUCCAAUGGAAAGGUGGAAUCGUUCAAAGGGUCCACAGCCAGACUCGAUGAUGGAACGGAAAUCAAAGACGUCGUGGCCAUAGUCCUGGCAACAGGUUUCGAUCCAUCACCGUGCAUCAGCUAUCUUCCCACCAAUGUUUUGAAGAUACUGAACCACUCUCCACAGCACAUGGAGCAGCCACUUGCCUUGGCCUUCCACGGAACACACCAUCCAAAUGUGUCGGCAUUAGGAUUCGUUGGCUUCUACAGAUCUCCAUAUUGGGGAGUGAUGCAAAUGCAGGCCCGUUUUCUAGCAGAAUACUGGUCCACGCCCAUGGAUGCUCGCUCCGAGGCCAUGAAUUUAAAACUGAAGUCUGACAAUUCUAUUCAAAGAACACUCGAUCUACGAGAUGACCCUCGACUGUCACAAUUCCCCAUGGGCGACUACCCUUUUCUCAUGCAGGAAUUUUCCGAAGCACUUUCAAUACCAAGAGUAGAUCCGUCGCUGAGCGGCAUUCCUAUGCUCUCUUAUAACAGCCUUCCCUUGGACAUGCUCACUCCCGCAAGAUAUCCCUCGCCGUCAGAUGACGUCUCGGCAAAGACGGACGCGGAAAAGAUGCGCCAAGACACUGUACAAGUUGCCAUUGAUGGCCUUGCGACGCCCCGCUUUGUGCCGCGCGCUGUGUUCCGAAGUCUUCUGGGCACGUGGAAGCUCGAAAGAGAACUGGCAAGCAGGCUACCGACACACCCGAGCGGGCAUUUCAGCGGCACGGCCCGGUUCCUCCUGAGAGACAAGACGUCAGAUGGUCUGCAGUGUGCCCGGCAGGGCUUGGAGUCGACUGUCAGCGACGAAGGAGCAGGCCUGGAAUAUUUAUACAUCGAAGAUGGAGAAUUCAAGACUGAGCAAGGGUUCGGCUUCCGAGCAAGCAGACGAUACAUCUGGCGGUACGACGACAAUGAGGAAUCCCUCAGCGUUUGGUUUACUAAACCUGAGGAUCCCAAGCGAGCAGACUACUUGUUUCACCAGAUUGAGUUCUUGCAGCCAGAAAAAGGUCGUGAUGAGGGGUGGUCUGCAAAGGCAGGACACGUCUGUAUUGACGACUACUAUGAUGUGCAGUACAAUUUUGAGUUUGAGGCUGUCAACUUGAAGAACUGGAGCAUAGAAUACACAGUCAACGGCCCGAAAAAAGACUACUCGAUCAGGGGGGCCUACGCUCGAUAG